CUAUGGCACUCAAGAGGUUUUCUAUAGUUUAAUGUGACCCCGCUAUUGUCCGAAAUCCGCUGGGGGCGCUGAUAGUAACUUGGUCCACUUCUAUUAGUGAAGUGAGGUUAUUUUUGUCCGUUUUCCCAUUCUUGUCGUACGUGAUCGUGAUUAAAUGUGAUCAAAUGUUAUCGAACAUUAAAUCGCAUUAAUGUGUACAUGUGUGGAAUUAUGCCGCAUUGCAUAGCACCGGGUUGUACUUCUGGAUAUAAAUCUAAUCCGGAAAAAGUUCAUUUUUUUACUGUGCCUAAAGAUGAAAAUAUGAUAACUUUAUGGCAAAAUGCUAUACGAAGAAAAGACUUUGUGAUCCGAGCAGGACAGUUUCUUUGUGAAAAACAUUUCUUGCCUGAAGAUAUAUUGUGGAAACGAGAACUUACAAGUCCUGAUGGACAAGUACUCGGCGUUUCGCAUUAUAGACAACCAAGGUUGCGAAAAGGGGUCAUACCUUCGCAGUUUCCAUGGAUGGAAAUUUCUACAUCUGUAUCAUUGGAUAACUCGUUGCUGCAAGACACACCUUUUCAAGAAACAGUUUAUAAAUUUGAUGCACUACAUUGUACACGAAAUAAUUUACAAGAAGCAAGAUCGGAUGAGCCAUCAAAAUUUUCUUUUAUCAAUUUGAUUACUUGUGCUACAUUGCAAAUACCAAUAAACUGGAUCAGGCGUACUGUAACCUGCGAGGCAAUUACAAUGGAGUCAUUUACAAAUGUAAUGUGUCGAAAAAUUGGAAACAGUUUUGUUACUGUUAAUAUUAAAGAACUUAUUGUGCAAGAAAACUUGUGCCUCAAAAUCAAUGUGAUGUGCAAACCCUUUGAUGUUACCAGUUUGGUAUUUCCAGUGAUGCAAUUAGUAGCAUUGAAGACAUAGAGGCUGCAUUAAUUGCUUUGAAUUUAAAAAAUAUUUGUUGUGGAGCAUCUACAAAUAAUGUAUGUACACAUAAUUCAAGUAUCAGUUAUAUAGAUCAUUUUAACAUUCUACGACAUAAACAAUGUAUUGUACUUCUUGAUAACGAAAACCAAUGCACACAUUGCAAAAGGCUCUGUCAAACAUUAAAAAGAAAAAAACUUCGUUUGGAAAAACAACAAAAUAAAAGAAUUCGAUUGACAUUAACUCCAAGAAAUAAUGAAAAGCUUCUAAAAUUAAGAAAUAAAUGUCAUGCGGCUCUUAAAGCUAAAAAACGAGCCCAAGUGAAUAUUGCAAAAAUUAAAGCUAAUCUCGAAAAAGUUCAGAGAAAAAUGGCUGAAAUAAAUAAUGAAUCAGUUGAUGAAAUGUUGACAAACAGAAAUGUACCAAAAAAUCAACGAAUUGCAAUAAAAGAAAUCAUAUCAGCAGCAAAUUCGAAAAAUAAACAUGGGAAAAGAUAUUCGGAAGAGUGGCUGCUUCUUUGCAUGUUGAUGCAUAUGCGGUCGCCGAUGUCAUACAACUUUUUACGAGACAAUGAAAUCUUGCCUUUACCAUGUGUGCGUUCUAUUCGAAGGUAUCUUUCUAUUGUUGAUACGACCUGUGGAUUUGAUCCAUCAUUUUUUGAAUUGUUAAAAACAACAUUUCAGCAGAAAGAUAU